AUGAGAUUCCAAUAUCUAACUGCCCUCUUGCUUGUCUCCUUCUCAAUUGCCUCUGAAGGUGCUGAUGUCAAAAACUUUGGCUCCAAGGUCCAAUCCCUAGCUUCUUCCUUGUUCAAAAAGUCUCCUGCCUCUUCCUCCUCCAUAAUUGCUUCCUCAAUUGCUACCAACACCACCUCCUCUGCCUCCUCUGCUUCUUCCAUCAUCCAAUCUGCUACUCCAACCGCUGCUCCUCUCAAAAACACAAAAAAAGAUGAAUUAUAA